AUGUCUCAUCAAAUUAUUGAAAUAACGGCCAACAGCGAGUCUACCAACAAUCCCACAACAAAAGAAGCGAAUGUGGAAACCACCGGACAGGCCACAGCCAUACCUGUCGCAGAAGCGGAUCUCGUGACCUCUUUGAAGAAGCUUCUUGAAGAACACGAGCUGGACCAAAACUUUCCUCGGGAUAUCCUAGACCGAGUCCGAGACUUUCUCGACAAACAAACGAGCCAUGGCUCAGCGACAGACCUUGAAUUGGCGCGAACUCUCCAUGACGAAUGCCUCAAGCAGAUAAACUUGGCAUUGAACAAUUCGGCAUAUCCAGAAGUCCGCGCCGUCGUCGAUCCCACCGAUGAUCCCACAUUACCGGUAGCGACUUUCCGAGUGUUGUUGCUGGGCACAAUAUUCACCGUUCUGGGUACCGCAAUUCAGCAGUUCUUUUCGUUCUGCAUGCCAGCCAUCAAUAUCACGACAUAUGUCAUUCAGCUGCUCUCCAUGCCCCUCGGCGUAGGCAUGGCCAAAUGGCUCCCUUCUCGCACGUUGACUAUUAAAAACUAUACCUUUUCCCUGAAUCCUGGCCGCUUCAACGAAAAGGAACAUCUUCUCAUCGCCAUCAUGGCAAAUGUUGCCUUUGCUGGGUACAUGCAUGGAGCAUACAUUGCAAGCCCCAUUCAAGUUCUUUCUCUGGAUCGCUUUUACGGAGAAAAGGUCCUCUCUAAUAGUUCUGCGUGGCAGAUUACGACUUUCAUUGCUACACAGAUGCUUGGUUAUGGCUGCGCCGGGAUCAGCAGGAGAUUUCUUGUUUCUCCCUCUUCCAUGAUCUGGCCGCGGCCUCUUGCCAGUAUUGCCCUCACAAAAGCGCUACAUAAAGACGAUGCUGAUAAGGAUGCGCAGAAUGCAGCCAAUGGGUGGACUAUUUCGAGAUACUGCUUCUUCCUCAUCUGUUUCUGGGCCAUGUUUGUGUGGUACUGGAUCCCAAACUACAUUUUCCAACCUUUUGCUCUGUUUAACUGGCCCACCUGGUUUUCGCCCAGCAAUGUAAAGCUCGCUAUAAUCAUGGGCAGUACUUGCGGACUGGGGCUGAAUAUUCUGCCAACACUGGAUUGGAAUGUUUCGACUCACUUUGGAGAUCCAAUUGUCACGCCCCUCUUCACAAUCGUCAAUUGGGCCUUUGGUAUGGCUUUUAUGGGGUUCGUUAUAGCACCAAUCGUAUACUUCAACAAUGCAUGGCACUCCGGCUAUCUCCCCAUCAACUCGAACAAAGUCUAUGACGACUCUGCAAACUUGUACGAUGUACGAAAAAUACUCAACGCCAACAUGACACUCAACCAAGACAAAUAUGAGGCCUAUAGCGUCCCCUGGCUAUCAGCAAACAUGAUACUCAAGCUCGGCGCUUUCUUCAAGCUGUAUGUAGCUGUCCCCAUGCAGAUGUUUCUGUGGCAUCGGAAGCAAAUAAUACAGAGCCUUAGAUCGAUAUGGGACCGUAAGACGCGCGAAGACAAUUUUAACGAUGUGCACAACAAAUUGAUGCGAGAGUACGACAAGUGUCCCGAUUGGUGGUAUCUGAUUGUUCUCGCCAUAUCUUUUGUGCUGGCAUGCAUAUCUGUGACGGUGUGGCCGACAGGUAUGCCCGUUUGGGGCGUUUUAAUAGCUGUACUCUUCACGGCCUUUCUUCAAAUUCCCUUUGGCAUGCUUACAGCAAUCACCAAUAUCGAGCUACCAACAAGCAUCCUGUCACUCUUGAUUGGAGGCUAUGCUUUGGAAGGGAAAGCCAUUCCGAACAUGGUUUUUAUGCUAUACAGUUAUGUAUCUACUUCGCAAGCUCUGAAUUUCGUGGCUGAUCUCAAAAUGGCUCAUUAUGCUAAAAUACCGCCAAGAGUAGUCUUUGCCGCCCAAGUUUACGCCACGCUCAUCGCGGCGUUGGUUGCUUUUGCUGUCAAUCGUUGGGUUCUUACCAAUGUGGAUGAUUUAUGCUCCGAGUUCCAAAAAGAGCGAUUUUCCUGCCCCCAUACGCAUACGUACUUUAUGUCAUCUAUCCUCUGGGGUGUCGUCGGCCCUCGCAGGCUGUUUGGGCCAGGAGGCCCCUACCGUGCCAUUAUAUACUGUAUUCCAUUCGGCAUCAUUCUUCCAGUUGGCGUGUAUUUUGCAGCAAAACGAUGGCCUAAAUCUUUUUGGCGGAGCGUGAAUGUGCCCAUCCUGCUGGCUGGCCCAUUGGGAUGGGCUCCUUAUAACUGGAGCUACUUGCAAGGCACACUGUCGCUGGCUUUGUUUUUCAAUUUUUACAUCAAGAGGUGGUAUCGGCCCUGGUGGGACAGAUACGCAUAUGUAUUGACGAGCUCGUUCACGUCCGCGAUUGGGAUUUCGGGCCUGGUGAUUUUCUUUUCCUUUCAGAAAUGGAACGUCAGGUUGGACUGGAUUGGGAAUAGAAUAGCAUGGCAGGGGGUUGAUAGAGGAGGAUAUGUGGAUGCUGAGGGGCAUGUUGUUAGGUGUACCAACUUGAUGUUGGAGCCAGGUGAACGGUUUGCAUAG